AUGGGGGAUAUCACAGAUGCCCGAGACGUAGAGCAAUUGAGUAAGAAUAACAUUACGCACAUUCUUUCAAUCCAUGACAGUGCCCGCCCUAUGCUCGAGGGAGUGAAGUAUCUGUGCAUUCCUGCUGCUGACUCACCCUCACAGAACUUGGCAAGGCAUUUCAGAGAGAGCAUCAAAUUUAUCCAUGAGUGUCGGCUUACAGGUGAAGGCUGCCUAGUUCAUUGCCUUGCAGGUGUCUCCAGGAGUGUAACAUUGGUAGUUGCCUACAUCAUGACCAUCACGGACUUUGGUUGGGAAGAUGCACUGUCUGUUGUCCGCGCAGCGAGAUCCUGUGCCAAUCCUAACAUGGGCUUCCAGAGACAGCUACAGGACUUUGAAAAACAUGAUGUUGAUCAGUUCAGGCAGUGGCUGAAAGAAGAAUAUGGGGAAAACUCUUCUCAGGAUCUGCAAGAAGCCAAAAAUCUUCUGAGCAAAUAUAAAGAGCAGGCAGAGUUGCAACAGAAUACUGGGGGAAGACAGUGGAAUAACAACUUCUCAUCUGUGCCAUCUCUCUCGUACAGCAACUACACAACAGAGACCUAACCAUAGGAGGUUGAUUUUUUUUCUUUCUGCCUUUGAAAAACAUCUUGCCAUAAUUUCCAUCCCAUCUUCAAGACUCUCAGCAGUAAUCAUGCAAACAGUUGAUUUGUAGAAAGCUUCAUGAUGAAAAUAGUACAUUAUGUGUGUGUGUAUGAGUGUGUUUCACACAGUUUUAUGAUCUGGGCAGGAUCAAGCUCUCUGUAUGCCCAGAGAUGUGAUCCAGUUGCUGUGGCUGAUCCAGUUUGUCAUCCAGCCACAGCUAUAAUUUCUUUAUGCCCACAUUGCCUGGCAUUUGCUGUGAGGUUAGCUCAACUCCUUUUGUUGUAGGCUAGCAAAGGGCUCUGAGAGAUGAAGUCUGGUGAUUCAAGCUGUGGCAGUUUAACGUCUCUGCACUAUUAAUGUGGCAAAGGUGUUAUUGCACCAGAAGAAGGGAACUCAAGCCUGUGUCUCUGCUGCUCCUGUUCACAGUCCAUUGGCAAAUAAUACCGCGGAGGUGAGCUUGAACUUGAAUGCUAGACUGCAAACAGGAGCAGGUGAGAUAUGGGUACGUGUACCUUUCUACCAGCAGUAGCAUCUAGGAGAGAGGUGGGACAGACAGCUCUGAGUAAUAACAUCUUCAACUGCCACGGUUGUACUUGCUUCAGUGCACGUGAGACAGAGCUGUCGGUAGAACUGCCGC